GUGGUAUAUAUUUACAUAUUCACCCCUUUUCUUCCUUUCUCCUUACCCCCCCUUUUUUUUUCCUCUUUCUUUAUUUAUCAUUAUUGUUACUUUACCCCUCCUUUUCAUCAAACUCACUUUUUAUUUCUUUUUGUUUCUCUGUUUCCUUUUUUUUUUUUCUCUCCUUCACAUAUCCACUUCCUUUUAUUAUUAUUCUAUUAUAUUCGUCAUGUCACCCCAUCACCCUUCUGUUGUUACAAAGUUGGAUGACCCUGAAGAUCUCCUAUUAUCUUAUUUGAACGCGGAUUGCCUAGAUACAACUACUACUCCGUCUAUUGAUACCACUGAUACCAAGAGCACAGCUUUCCCUUCAAUUACUUCCUCUCAUGAUGAGAAUCAUCCUUCUUCUUUAUCUCCAUCUUUCAAUUAUCAAUCAUCGUGGUCUUCCUUACCUUUCUUACUGGAUAUGGGUUCCUUGGCCAAUGUUUGUAUGGAUUCACCUGGAUUGAUGACAAGUAUCUCUCCAUCCUCUAUAUCUCGUGUUGGCUCACCGUCCUCGGCAUCUCCUGUUUCUACUUUGCUAUCAUCAUCCAUGUCUGCCAUCGCCUCUUUCUCAGCAUCAGAUACGACUUUUCCCGUUCCUCAGCUUUUCGAUGCAAAUAGUCAUCAUCAUCAUUCAUCCGCAAUCUCGUCAUCAUCUUCGCCAACUAUCUCAUCAGCAUCCUCAUCAGAUAUUGAAGAACCGAAAAGAAAACGCGAACGCAAAAGACAAACAGGGGCGCGACAUAGUUCCUCCUUCUCUACUUCUCAAUCAAUUCCAGCAAUGCACGCCUGCAAACCUAUUCUUCCAGCCGCAUCAACUACUCAUUGUAGAUCUAUCAACGAUCAACAGCAGCAAAUGAUCGCUACAAGUCAAGACCAUCAAGAGUCUCCAUUACUAACCGUCAAAUCAGAACCUGUAGAUACUGAUACUUCUAUCCUUGCCAGCCUGGAUAACAAUGUAAAGACACACAACAACAAUUCUCUACAACAACAACAACAACAAGAAGAAGAAGGUGGAGGGAGGAAAAGGAUUAAUAUCAACAACAAUGGUUCUCAAAAACAAAAAAUAUCGGCAGCAGAUGCGCAUAACAAACGACAGGAACGACUGAUCAAAAACCGGGCAGCGGCUUUAUUAUCUAGAAAACGAAAAAGGGAACAUUUAAUUGCUCUAGAACAUGAACGACAAUGGCUUAUUAAGGACAAUGAUCAAUUAAAAUCAAAGGCGGACACUUUGGAGGCGAAAUUACUGCAACUGGAAAAGGAUUAUCAGCAUCAACAGCAGCAACUUUUAUUAUUACAACAUCAACAGCAACAUUCUUUAUCUUAUGGUACGCCGGGUUCAUGCAGUAGUGAUAGUGAUUCGACUGAUUUAGUACCACCAUCGUCACCAUCAAUGGAUCCUCUGUCCAAGGUCACCAAUAUGCUCAUGUUCAUACUUUUAUCUUUUGCUCUUCUGACAUUACCUGUGACAUCCAAUCAUCAUUUACUUAUUACUGAAGACAAGAAAUUAUUACCAUUUAUAAGUGCAUCAAAUACUGGGAAUAAAGGAUUUCCUGAUAUGCAUCUGACACUUUCGUCAUCUCAGCCACCGUCACCACUACAAGAACAGCAACAACAAAAACAGCACCAUUUCACACGUCAAACGCCCUACCUACGCCCUCAUACGCCCAUCACUGACCAUCAUGACGAGAAGGCCAAAUUCGCUGUAUUAUUAUCAUCAAAACAAUAUCCACUUGGAAAACGAAAACGAAAACAAACCAACGAUUUAGUAUAGUCAUUCCUAUUCAUCAUCAGCCCAAUCCUAUAGUAUAGUGUGUAUCUUUCUUAUACAUACAUUCAUAUAUAUAUAUCUUGUCAUCUCAUCUUUUUACAAAAUAAAGCUACUUUUUUGUUAACAUUACCCAUGCAUAUUUUUUUUUUCACUACCAUGACGAAGAACAAAACAAAAA